CCAAUGUAUGAACGUCUCUCAUCCAUGAGGUCGGGUCCACUGCAAGUUCAUGAUAUUUCCAUUUCGGGAAACUGCGACAAUGGCAGCAUGUUUACCUUUGCAAGUAGCCUUGGUUUCUCCAAUAUGCAGGAAAGUGCGUUCCUUCGUGCUUUCCUUGGAGGUCCCAAAUCCCCUCUUACCAUCCGUAUCAGCAUCUGUCAAUGCGAAGGCAGCUCAUCUCUGCUCCAUCUCUAUAUUGCAUGUCAUUUGUCUAUCACGCAUCUAUUUUCCGGAAUAGAUCUAAGCCAGUAUAAUAGGAUCUUUUUCCUCGCAGCAUGAGCGCAAAAGACACCCUGCGAAAACCCAAUUCUACUCGAUUUACUCGUCUCAGUCACGAUACUUCCCUAAAGUCAAAGCCCUUGGAUCCAGAGCUUGCUCGGGCAUUUGCAACAGCCGCAGCGUCCAGGGCCAUGGCCAUGUCGCGCUCUGUGGAAAGAUCUUCAGCGCUAUCCGACGGUUCGUACGGCCGUCUAGGUGGUCCUCGCAGCAUGGCGGUCCCUCCCAGGAGGUAUAAGCAGUCUACCUGCUCGCCAGGAUGUUCGGCUGCUCCGGAUGAUAUUCCUAUUCGUCACUCGGCAUCUUCAUCUAUCGAAAGCGCAGAGGCCGAUCAGCCAUGGGCAGCAGGCCUGCCAUCUAUCAGUGAAUUUGGCGGCCUUGAAGAUCGAAUCGCGUCACUUCCCUCCUCCUAUCGCCGUCUCCGAAAGUCCCGGUCGAUGUUCUCAACAAAACAGCGUUCUUCUCAUACGUCUUCCGGAUUGGGAUCCACCGAGUCAUACUCCCCUAGUAUCUCUAGUCGCGGGCAAUCCUCUGAACCCCCGAGACUGUAUCGCACCUUGAGACGGUCUAUGUCUUUCUUGAGAGGUGAAGGUCGGCCCCAGAACACACUGCGACAUGCACAAAGUCAAGACGCAGCCAUUCAGUUGGCACGCGCGCAGUAUCAGCAAAAUAUGCUCAGCAGCCCUAAUUCCGCAAAUUGGGCACCGCUAUCCAUGCCAAAGCUAAGACGAGAGCAUAGGCCGUUCAAGAAAUCUUUUCGCUCGACUAGUACUUCUGAGGGCCCAUCCUCGACAGAUACAUCUAUUGAUCAUCAUCAUUUUAAGGCUUCCCAAUCCCAUGGGAAAGCUAGAGCAUUUUCAACCACCAUCAAGAAAGGUAUCAAACGGGUUUUUGGGUUUUCCAGGAACGCCUCAGGACAGGACGAAGCGCACGCGUCUCCAUCAUCUUCUCAUAAUUGGAGGCAGUCUCCCUCAACCGUGGUCGGUCACGAACCCACUUACCCUGAUGAUGACGGAGGUUUUGAAACCGAUCAAUUACAGCGCCUAUCAGGUGCCAAUCAGCCGUCAACCAUACGAAGAAUGCAGAGUUCUGCGAGUUUGGCCACUAGUCGUUCUCGAGUGACAAGUUGGGCGGACUCGAGUGCAGCGAAUACGAUUUCAACCCCCAAGACACUGGGUGCGCAACGCCUUUCUAUCAUCUCGGAGCAGGGAAACAUCGACCAGCCUGUUUUACCUGCACUACCACAAGGCUCGGUUCGACAUACACCAAGUAAUGUUGUUGAUAGCCACCGUUUAUUCUCAGCAUUGGUGAAACGGAUUGGUGGAGCGAACGCCCAAUCUUCUGAAGAAGAUAUUGUCCUUGGUCAGGUCAAAGAGCAUCGGGCAAUUCCGACCCGCGGGUCGCAACAUUUUCGCCGCAGCCGACAUACUAUCCGCCAGGUUCCCAGUGAUGCCUCAAUUAACUCUCCGAAAUCAUUCACAACUGCCAAUGUUCAUCCAAUAACACCUUAUGGACAAUCGCAAGACUAUCGCACCAAAGGUUUCUAUAGUGCAUCCCACCGCACCGAAGUCAACGAGGAUGGCAACGAAGCCAUACGGAGGGAAAGCUCACGAGCCGAAUCUGUUUCGCCUAGCGUUUAUUCUCGGUCGACGAAUGGACAAGCCAGGCCUGACUCACCUGAUUCGAGAGAGGAGCCUGGUGUAGCUACCAUAUACGCCUCCGAAAGGACAGCGUACAGUUCUCCAAACAAACGUGAUCAGUCCGCAGACGCCGAUGUGUCCACCCAGCAAGGUGCCGACUGGCAAAACUGGAUGGACUCACAAAUGGCGAUAAUUGAGAACUCCGCACCCACGCGACAUUAUCGAGAAAAUGCGGAGAUUCAUGAUGGCUACGCGCCUACUUUCUCGUCCUCUGUUCCGACUCGCAGAAUCAGAGUGGAAAGCAGAGGCAUGGCCGAAGCCAACAGUGACCAUGGCGGACUGAACCGCAAGGUAUCGACAAACAGCAACUUUUCUCGCCCUUUCAGUCGGUCGUCAAGCUUGCACACAGUGGUACAAGCCCACGAGCCUUCAACUCAAACACCUACACCUUCCAUACCAGCUUUGCGGUCCGACGAUGUCUUUCGAGAUUCUGGAGCGCAGGAGACUUUUGUUCGAUCCAUGCAUGCAGGACAAGGCAAUAUUGGAGUGUCACCUAUGUUGUCAAGAUCGAGCAAUCAGCCGCGAAUGCCCGAGUCACCAACUCCAAAGAGGCUGGCCGCCGACAUCUCCCCGAUAAUGAGCGGCGAGAAGUAUGGACAGUACUCAAUCAAGAGAUCACCCACAAACCAAGAUGCGAGGACGCUUCAUAGACGCUCCGCUCGCUUCCUGCGGGAGAACCGGAGGGUUACAAACGAAAAUAUGAGAAUGGAGCAAGGUCUGUACGAACAGGGCCAGUGCCUUCAGUCACCGAUGUCAAGUAAGCGCAUGGUUGAAAUAUUCUUGAAUAGCAGACGCCGUCAGAUGGGUGCAGGCUCCGACGAUGGCGCUCCAGAGCCAGCCUUUCUGUAAAGAGCAUGGGGCCAGUCUCGCUUGUUUAACUUUAUUGGAAACGCAUUCCUAUUUCUGUUUUCCGGCGUUCAUGCUUUUAGAGCUAAAAAUGUUAUUGUAGCUUUAUCCAGUACUGUUAAGCCUGUAUCGAACCAAGGAUAUAUCCAUCUCGAAGGCCGAGUUA